AUGACAUCUUCAUCCACAUUAUCAUCAAGAAGAAGAGAACUUAGAGCUUCGUUGCGUCAAACAGAGCAACAGCAGGACGACGAAGAGCAGCAGCAACAAGAAAAGCAACAACAACAACAACAACAACAACAACAGGAACAGGAACAGCAACAACAGGAGCCACAGGAGUCACAACAACAACAACAACAACAAGAUGAGGAGCAACAACAAGAACAGGAACAACAACAGCAAGAUGUGCAAGAGCACGACAACCAGCAAGAUGUGCAACAUAAUAAAGAACAACAGGGUAGUGAACAAGAUGAGCAACAUGAACAACAUCUGAAUGAAGACGAUGUUGCGGCAACUACUCAUGCUAUUUUGGCUGCUGCUGCCGCCGCUGCUGGUGGUGAUGAGGGUCUCACUGACGAGCAAUUGGCUAGAGAGUUGGCACAACAUAGUGCGCAGCACGUUCAUGAACAUCAUGUUGGUGGCUCUAAUCACAAUCACGACCGAUCCCAUCAUGAAGGGUAUGAUCACAACAUUGACGAUCAAUUUAUGGAGGUGAAACAACCUGGAGAACAUGGCGCACAAGAAUUCUAUUCUGGAGCAGAACAAGUUGGCCUGGAGAAUAGAGAAGAAGGCGGUGAAGAUGACAUUUUCGAUGUUGCAUUAACUAAUGCAGGUGCCAAUAACCAAGAUGGUAGUGGUGGGGCAAAACGUACGGCUUCAGGUUUGGACAGGAGUGAUGGUAACGAUCCAAAAAGACAAAGAUCAGGAGCACCAGCUUCACAAGAGUCAUUUGAAGCAGCCUUACUUGCUGCCAACGCUGGUAACGAUGGUAAUAUUUCUGCUCGUGUUUCUUCGGAACAAACUCAACAACAACAAAAUCAACAACAACAACAGCAGCAGCAACAGCAACAUCCUAUUCCACCAAAGCAGACAAGAACGAUUUUCAAACAUAUUGAUAAUCCUGAAUCUCCAAUUUGUGAGUUUUGUGGUAGAGAGUUUAGAAAUGUUAUCGACAAGAGAAACCAUAGGAGAACACAUUCGCAACCAAAGAAGUAUGAAUGUCUUGCUUGCGGUAAGAGGUUUAGUCAAAAGGCCAACUUGACGAUCCAUGAAACCCAUGUUCAUCAAGAUUUGGUGUUGGGCGAGAACGAAAUUAGUGAUCAAAAUCACAUUGGCGAGCCAGGUCAGUUGAAGGAGGAAGUCGAGCAAUUGCACAAUUUGCCUCAAGAUGUUGCUGCUCCUCAACAACAGCAAGUUCAGCAACCAUCGCAACUCCAUCAACUUCAGCAAUCACAACAACAAGUCUCUCAACGUUAUGGAACUAAUGUCGUUGACGAUAAUGUUAAUGUAUUUGCCGAAGAUCCUUCACAACAACAACAACAACAUCAACAUCAUCAUCAUCAAAGCCUCCACCACAAUCAGCAACAUCCAUCACCACAACCACAACCACAAGCACAGCAUCCGCAACAACAACAUCAUCAUCCAAUUGACUUGAAAGAUGUACGUGUGCAUCAUUGUAGUGCUUAUAAAUGUGGUAAAGGAUUUAUUUCCUAUGAAAAACUAUUGGCGCAUGUUGAAAAUGAUCACAAGGAUGACCAACCUCAGCACCCAGACCAACAGCACGGUGUAUAUGACCCAGCACAAGCGGCCGCGGCAGCAGCUGCCGCUGCAGUACAGGCAGCCACUGCAGCUCGUGCAGUAAGUGUUGCUAAUGGUGCGGCAGGUACUACAUCCGCCUCUGUCGCUCCCAAUACUAAUGCUUAUGCGGCAGCUGCGACGGCUGGAAAUCCAUCUGCUCAAACCAAUUUGGAUCUCCCAACCUUAGCACCACCUGGAACAAUUGAGCCCAAGCCAAGACAAAAGAGAAGAGCACCUACCCAAGAAUCCUUAAAUGCCAAGGUGCACCAUUGUACUUAUGUUGGUUGUACAAAGUCAUUUGCCAAAGUAAGCGACUUGACUAGACAUUACAGGAUCCAUACUGGUGAAAGACCCUAUGUUUGUGAACAUUGUGGUGCUAGUUUCAACCAGAGGUAUAGAUUAACUACACAUACCAGGAUCCAUACAGGUGAGAAGCCUUUUAGUUGCAAAUAUUGUGGCAAGACGUUUGCUAGAGGUGAUGCUGUGCAAUCGCAUAUUUUCUCGAUCCACAGAAACAAAGGUGAAACUUUUUAA